GGACGAGCUUCGCUUAUUCGUGGUAAGAAACUCGCUUUGCAAGGACACAAAGCUCGCGUCCGAGUCGUGCUUUGCUUUUUGGAACUCAACUCGGCGCUAUUAGUUUCCUUCUGUGUUGUACCACGACAGGAAGUGUAAAGUACGAACAGCCUAAUUUGGACUUUCUUAUUCGUUUUCGUAUAAAUGCUUUGCGUGAAGAACAAUAAAGCACAAAAUUCCUCGGGUCGUUUCCGUUUCGACUCGAAAAUCAUUCGAAUUUAUCGCUCACCAGAGUGGUAUUGCUUUCCACUCGACAGCAGCCCUCCCACGACCAUCUAGCCAAAAAAGAUGAUGGACCCAGCCUAUCAGAUGUUGGCUUCGGCCAACGGUGUGACGACGUUUGGCGCCCAGAUGGGCCAGGGCACGGAGGGACUGAUCAACGCAGCGAACUUUGAAGAGAUGCUGAGUGCGCAGAAGCAGGCAGUCGCGGCGGUAACCCGUGCGAUGAAUGCAAGCCGUAUCGCGGAACGAACGGGCAACCUGGCGGUCAACAUCGCGAAUCGGGCGGUGCAGUCGGCGCGUGCCAUGGCGACUCUCGAGGAACAGGGCGUCCGAAGUCCAUACACCGCAAACGAACGACCGAUUUUGGAAAUGGGGCCCAGCCCUUUCGUGAAAGCGUCCUGUAUGCCACUCGCAGGUUUGUUACUCCCGCCGGCGGCCGUGGCUGCCUUUUCUUCCUCGUUCUUCGGCGUCAGUGGCUGUAGUGGUCCCGGAGCAGGUAUUGGAUUCGGAACCGCGGACACCAAUUGUAGUCGUGCACACCAGCAGCCAGAUGAAGUAGCUGAUGAAAACCGCCAGGAGAGAAAACGCACAGCGCGUAACGAUUCGCGGCAGUGGUGGCUGGAGACGGAGAGGCAAGAUGAUGACGUUCUCCCUUUUCGCCGCGCUACGCAAUGCCGAGUUGGCGCUCGGACUAAAAAUGUUGAAGAAGAGACGAGGGUUUUUAGAAAAGGAAAACGACGUGCAGAAGACUCCUGCGCGAAGCUUUCAUCAACAGUCACAGGACGAGGUUCUAGAUCCAGUAGCACCACGGCAAUUUGUGGUGGAUUCAUUUAAAGUGUGUGCUGUUUUUUUGCAAAGAAGCAAGCGAACUUUCACUUCAGCUGGAUAUGAUGUGAAU